UAGGUGGCGGUAGCGCGCUCAGCAGUUGCCGCUGAUCCACAGAAGAAGCGCCGCUCCCUCAUUCAGUUAACGUCAUGGCGGACACAAGAGAUAAAGCUUUGCAAGAUUAUAGAAAGAAACUUUUGGAGCAUAAGGAGGUGGACGGACGUCUCAAAGAAUUGAGGGAGCAGCUCAGAGACCAAACAAAACAAUAUGAGAAGUCAGAGAACGACCUGAAGGCUCUGCAGAGUGUUGGUCAGAUUGUUGGAGAGGUUCUGAAACAGCUCACAGAGGAAAAAUUCAUCGUGAAAGCCACCAACGGCCCACGCUAUGUGGUUGGAUGCCGCAGACAGUUGGACAAAUCGCAGCUGAAGCCUGGAACCAGGGUGGCUCUGGACAUGACCACACUCACUAUUAUGAGGUACCUGCCCCGAGAGGUGGACCCUCUGGUGUACAACAUGUCCCAUGAGGACCCGGGCAGCGUCUCCUACUCAGAGAUCGGAGGAUUGUCUGAACAGAUCCGUGAGCUCAGAGAGGUGAUUGAACUUCCUCUGACCAACCCUGAGCUCUUCCAGAGGGUGGGUAUCAUCCCUCCCAAAGGCUGUCUGCUGUACGGACCUCCAGGCACAGGAAAGACUCUACUGGCCCGAGCUGUGGCCAGCCAGCUGGACUGCAACUUUCUAAAGGUGGUGUCCAGCUCCAUCGUGGACAAAUACAUCGGAGAAAGUGCCAGGCUCAUCAGAGAGAUGUUCAACUACGCCAGAGACCACCAGCCGUGCAUCAUCUUCAUGGACGAGAUCGACGCCAUCGGGGGUCGACGGUUUUCUGAGGGAACUUCAGCUGACAGAGAAAUCCAGCGGACUCUAAUGGAGCUGCUGAACCAGAUGGACGGCUUCGACACGCUGCACAGAGUCAAGAUGAUCAUGGCCACAAACAGACCCGACACUCUGGACCCGGCUCUGCUGCGGCCUGGAAGACUGGACCGCAAAAUCCAUAUCGAGCUCCCCAAUGAGCAGGCCCGCCUGGACAUCCUGAAGAUCCACUCCAGUCCUAUCACCAAGCACGGAGAAAUAGACUUUGAAGCCAUUGUGAAGCUGUCGGACGGUUUCAACGGGGCUGACCUUAGGAAUGUGUGCACAGAAGCAGGACUGUUCGCCAUCCGCUCAGACAGAGAGUAUGUAACCCAGGAAGACUUCAUGAAAGCUGUGAGGAAGGUGGCCGACUCCAAGAAGCUGGAAUCCAAGCUGGACUACAAACCUGUUUAAAUGCCCUGUGCCCCCCACCACCCCCCAUCGAUAAGUUUUCAUUGUCACCGGGUAGUUUUUGUUAAGUUUUGGACUCACUAAUGGUCGUGUCCGAGCAGUCAGCCCCCCCAAAGAAGCUAAAGACAUUCAGAACAGAGCUCCAGGCGUUAGUCUGAGCCGCUCUGUCUGCCCAUCCUCUUCAUCACUCACACUUCCAUGUUCUGAAAUAUACGUUUUUGCUUUACAGAAA